ACCUUAGUCGGGUUUAGUAUUACCACUCCAAUAUUUGUGAAGUGUACCUAACAUAUGUCAAGGCAAAAUUUUUAUUUUAAAUUGAAGUUUUUCUUGACACAGAAUGAAGUCCUUGUUAAUAUUUAUACCACGGGAAUUAUAUAGUGAAAAGCCUGGAUACAUUUUUGGUAGAGUCAAUUAUGAUGCCAGGAGUGGAACCAAGAAGUUUUUUGCUAUUGGUAUUCGACAAAUAAGAUCUGAUGCUAUUGUUAAACUCAGGAGAAACAGUUUUGAUUCAAUAGCUGGUGCUAAUAAUGAUGUUAUGGGUCAUCUUUCUAGUGCAGAUGACACAAAUGUAUAUCGGGAUAACUCAUAUCCUGAUUGGAUUAAUAUCUCUUUGAAUACUUGUGAGAGUUCCAGCAUUGACAGUCCUGGAUAUUACUUGAGAAAUGUAUUUGUCGAUUCAAGAAAGAUAGAACCAUCACAGUAUCACACUGUUCUGAUUAUUUAUGAUCGGUUAGUUUUGAUGGAAGCUGAUCUUUUUAUGGAUAAGACUCCACCAGAUCAUUUUCAUGAACUGAAACUGAUACUCCAAAAGAAAUCUGUUGAGGAUGAAAUAAGAAAAAAGUCUACUUUUACAAAUACUCAAGAAGUUAUGUUAACUUAUAUAAUGUUAAUCUUUCUGUAUCCAACACGAAUGCUGUGUAAACUGACAAAUGGAUUACUACCUAUAUUGAAAUUUUCUGCUCUUGGAUUACAUCUAAAUGCCUGGCUGGAGAAUUUGCAGUGGAUGCUAGAUACAGUAAUGCACAAUAAAAGAUUUAAUCUUAAGGCUGGAAACUAUUUGGUGGCAAUGGCACUUGAUGUAUUACUUGGAGUAUUACUCUUGAAAUUCUUAUUACAUGCCAUUGGACAGAUGCCUCCGUCAAAAAUACUUCUAGAUAAUGCAGAGAAAGUAGUAGAGACUCUAAAAGGACUAGUAAACUGGCUAAUGGGUGCACCAGCUGGACUAAAAUUGAAUCAUUCGUUCAAUGAAAUACUUGGAAAGUUUUUUCUAUAUCAUAUACACUUAUGGUGGACAUUUCUUGUAUUUAUAAAACCAGUCUUGGACUUUGCAUUCAAAGUUUUGCUGUUAUUUGGUAGAUUGGGCGUCACAUUUCAAGUUUCAAUAGCAGCUGACUUAUUGGCUCUUGUGAGUUUUCACAGUUAUUGUAUUUACAUUUAUGCUGCAAGAUUAUUUAAUAUCCAAUUACGUGGACUCACGGCGCUUUUUCGUCUUUUUCUUGGAAAGAAACAAAAUCCUCUACGAGAACGAAUUGAUUCCUGUGAAUAUCAACCAAAUCAAUUAUUUGUAGGAACACUACUCUUCACUAUUCUCUUAUUUCUAAUGCCAACAACAUGGGUUUACUAUGCUGUCUUUACAACGCUUCGUGUAGUAAUGAUUGGUCUUGGAGGAUUUCUUACUAGACUGAAAUUCUACCUUCAAAUAAUGCCAGUGUAUACAUAUAGCAAAUGGUUAUUUUGUUCACCAAUAACUAGCAGUUCUGUAAAUAUGAGAAUGCAUCCAACACAAAUUAAAGAUGCUACUACAAUAGUUGUAUCAAUGACAGUUUCACCCUGGUGUGACACCUGGAAACAUUGCAUUCCUGACACUAUACAUUAUCAUCCUUCUAUUGAAUGGACAACGAUAGCCAAUAAUGUAUUUUCGGGUCAACUACUGUACCCUUUGUAAAUUAAAUAAAUGAACUAAAUAAAAUAUUUUACAUUGAA